AAUGAUGGUAAUUGUUUAUUUUUUAGAUAUUUUAUAACAAAUAUAAACUUCUGCACAGCAUGGAAAAUGUUUCUAUUGGACAGUAUCGCUCCCACGACACACCGAAAAAUUUUGCACUAAGGAUUAAAUUUUGGAAAGUGACUCCUGGAAGUGUCAUACCAUCUGCCAGGCUUCAUAGGGAAGCAAAAGAGCCAGAGCUUGCUCAGGAGGCUUUGGAAAUGGUUGAAAAAAGAGAAGAAGAAGAAAAAGAAGAAAUCAUAAUACAUUGGCAGGAGAAGUUGUUUAGCCAAAAAGAGUUUGAUUAUUACAGUGAUCCAUUAAAUUGUAAUAGCUCGUUAGAACAGAAAUAUCACGAAGAUAUAGAAAAUAUUAAAAGAAUGCAUGGUGACCGAUUAAACAAGAAAGUAUUUACAUAUACAGAUGGUGAUUCCUUUACUUUCCUUGAAGAAUUUAACCCUAUGACUUCAAACCAAAAUGGAGAAAGUUCUAUCAUGGUAGAGAAAAUGUCAAAAAUUAAAUUUAGUAGCACAAUGAAGUCACCCUUUAAUUCUGGUUUACGCAGAAGGCGUUUAGUUAUUGAUGAACCAACAGAGGCAAUGAAACGCAAUCAUGUUAUUACCACGCCAAGUAAAACAAUGCAGAUAAUGCUUGAUUUAGGUGUAGCUGAUAAAAAUAUUGAAGAUGAAAGAAUAAUUUGCACUGUAAAGAUUGAUGCAAAUGGUCUCAUAGUAAUUAAGCCUGAUGUAAACACAGAUGAAGUAUUUAACAUAGAAACAUAUCAUGCAACUCGUUCAGUUUACCAAUAUACCAUUGAACAUGCUUCAAAAAGUAUGACCAAGCAAGAACAAGAACAAGAGGAUAGAUUAUUCACAGAACUUUAUAAUCGUCACUCACAAUUAAUGACCUCCCAUGUUGGAAAUGAAUUACUCCCUGUUCCACAAAAGAAUGAAUUGUUCACUUACAAUCUAUGUGAAAUUGUCUCUGCAAAGAACUUUGAAUAUAAUAACUUGUAUGUGCAGUAUUUUCUUGAUUUGCCAGAGGGAUGGGAAUCUGGAUCUAAACAACUUUUGGGGGUCACACAAAACUGCAGCAUGAAUCAGGACAAUGUAGCACAUUUUUCUUUUCCAUUUGAAUUUGAACUGCUACUUACAUGGGCAGAAAACUCACCUAACCUGUACGUAAAAUGGCCAGUGUUGUACCUGCAAGUUUUUUCUCUGGAUUCAUGGCAACGUCAUCGACUUGAAGGCUAUGGAUAUUGUCAACUUCCAGACGUGUCAGGAACAACUGAGGUUAAAGUUGACACUUGGCGACCAAAAGGGGAUAGCGCAUUUGAUGAAAUGAACCGUUACUUCAUUGGAGGUGCACCAGAGCUAAAAGACUUAUCAUAUAUAACUGAUCCUACCUAUGAUGAUGCUGGCAAAAGAAACAGCAAGUUUUAUUUUCGAACUGUAUCUUCUGGAAGUGUUGUGUUGAGAUUUAAUACAAUGUUUCAAUCCAAAGCGUCGGAUGAUACUACAAACUUAACAACAUCAAAAUGGAAAAAGACGUUGCGGAAAGCCGGUGGGUUUGCUGCAGCCGUUGAUUCUCUCACGCAAGUGUUAGAUGCGUUCCAUCGAGCACGAAAACGAAUGAUGACUGCACGUUCGACGUUACCGGUCAUAACAUGAAAGUCGUUAUUGGAUUAUUUUUACACAAAAUAUUUUAAAGUUUUUUAUCAUUAGAUGUACAUAUAUUUAUAUUGUGAAUAACUUAUUUGGAUUA